CGGAAGUCGAAGCACCAGCUUGAAGUCGCGUUAUUUUUGGUGUUGACUCUUUGACAGUAAAAGUUGGUUGAAACUACUGUUAGAUAGACUAGAGAGUAUGAGACUAAAGUUCUUCUCGGUGUUUCGGCCAUGGAAGCAGACAAAGUUCUUUGCUCUUCUUGUCAUUCUGGUCGUAUUUGGGAUUCUGUACUGCUUCCAAACAGCCACCGUGUUAGCUAUCGAGAAGUACUUUAAGGGGAACUGGAAGAAAUCGCCGUUGAAUGUGAAUGGAAUGUUGGUGGACGAUGGUGUACCCAAGCAGUCUGAUAGCCCUAAAGACUUGAUCGGUGUCAUGAGAGGCGCUAAUUAUGUAAACAAUCGUGUUUUAAGCUUACAAGAAACUGAAAUACUGCAAGCUGGUGUUUACAAAGUGGACAGAAAUACGACAGUGUCGUCCACAAAUACGACAGUGUCGCCCACAAAUACGACAGUGUCGCCCAAAAAUACGACAUUGUUGCAAACUCGCUCUGACAAUGCGAUGGUUGACGAAGACGUUUCCUUGACCACCUGCGUGUUCCCUCACAUUGACCCGUUUGAUAUAAACAUUAUGAAGAUGGCAGGUUUACAUUACACAAAACUCGAAUGUAGGACAGAUAUGGUAGAUUUGGUCUUCCUUAAAGACAACUCUUUAGUUAUCAACACAACUUUGGCUCGUGAAAAAUACGGGAAUGCUUCAGUCCUGUGUAAGUAUCGGAACAUCACGAGAAGAGACAAUAAUGAUAGUUUAAUCAAAUACAGCAACUUCUCGACGCCAUUCAAUGAUUCGCUGCAGCUUUCAACCGAGGCCGAAUUCGUUGUGGUAGAAUGCAAAGGCGAAUUAAAUUCCUACGCGUCGAGGGACAAGUCGUCCGCUUUUAGAAAAAGUAGUUCUUCGCGGAAAUCACCAGAGACAUUAUUGGUGAAGUACUUUGCUUUGAUUCCCAAGCAUAAACAAUUAAUAAAUCUGGAGAGGGUGCUGUUAAAUAAGCGCAAAGGGGAGACUAGUCCUAAGGAGACCAUGAACGUCCUAAUGAUUGCACUCGACGGAGUGUCUAGAUACCAGUUCCUUAGAGCCAUGAACAAAACCUAUGGACUUUUAAUGAAAGAUUUCAACUCUUUCGACAUGUCCAUGUUCAACCAGGUGGGCUCAAACACGUUUACAAAUCUAUUGGCCCUGUUGAACAACAAGCCUGAGGACGAAUUAAAUGCCUGGUGGGACCCAACACAAUAUUCCGACGGUUUUGAUCUAAUCUGGAAAGAUUUUCAAAACGCUGGUUACCGAACCCUGUUCACGGAAGAUUUUCCUUCGGUUGGAGGUUUUUAUUAUUCAAAAGCUGGAUUUCUGAGCCCCCCUACGGUCCACCACAGUCACCCAAUAGCACUUGCUAUAGAAAGAGACAAACGCAUGUUCACCCAUGGGAAACAUUGUGUAGGCUCUCAACCAGAAAUCAACUUUCAUUUCGAUUACAUUAAGCGCUUAUUUGAAACCUUUCCUGGAAAACCGCUGUACGCUAUGACUAUGUUUACCAAAAUCACCCAUGACGACAUGACCUAUAUAAAAACGGUGGAUGAGCAUUUCUUCGACUUCUACCACUACUUGAGCACAAGCGGCAUUCUUAACAACACGCUACUAAUUACAUUCUCUGACCACGGUCCGAGAUGGGGGCCAAUAAGAUCGACUUUUAACGGAAUCUUUGAAAGCAAGGCACCUUUCACCAUACUCACGUUACCGCCAUGGUUUCUGGAGAAAUAUCCAGAAGCUGCAAGGAAUCUUAAGAUAAACUGUGGUCGAUUAACAACGCAUUUCGAUACUCACGCGACUCUUCAAGAUAUACUAUAUUUCCACUCGAGUGGAGACAUUCCUUUACGUAAACCGAAACACGGGAUCAGUUUAUUUAAAGAGAUUCCCAAAAAUAGAAGCUGUAAUGAUGUCCCAAUUGCCCAAGAAUUUUGUCUGUGUGGGCAAAAGGGAGUGAGCUCUAUUGGCAUUAACUCGGAGAUUUCAAAACUUCUAGCAGAAACAGUGGUGGCAUCUAUAAAUAAGAAAAGGGAGCUAGACAUUUGUGAAGAGUUGGAACUCGACACGAUUUUGGACGUUUUCCACAUUGACUUUCCUGAAAAUAUUCGCAAAGAAAAACGUCAAAAUUCACUGUUUAAAGUGAGAAUUCGAACCAAGCCUGGACAGGGUAUCUACGAAGCCACAGUGUCAGCAGUUAUUCUUGAUCUGGGCCAUUCCGUUUUGAAUUCAAUCGUGCGCUGGUUGGGGCUGGAGCGCUCUAUGGUAUCUCAAAUCAAAGUUGGUCACUUCAUAGACAGAAUGAGUAAGUACGAGGGCCAAGGGGAUUGUAUCAGAGAUCCUAGGAAGAAACCAUUUUGCUAUUGCAAGAAAAUGCAUACAUAGAAAGCGUGAAACUUCUGCGUAUGACACAAAACGAGGCACAUGCAGGACAAUAUAACAAUGUAAUGAACAGAAAAUGUGUUUAUAACUUUUCACAUGACGUUUUACUUGUUAUGAACUAAGCAAAUCACUGGACUGAUGUUUUACUUCAUCCAAUACGAACUGUGUGUCAGCCCCAGCAUUCUCCAAAGUUCUAUGACGCGAUCGCAGCGCGUCGUGCCUGUCUCAUUGUCUGCAAAUCUUCUAUGCACGUUGCCAGUCACGUGAUCCGUGGGUCGUCCGCGUCUCCUGUCGUUUUUUUUUUUUUUUUUGUUUUUAAUGGUUCGGGGCUCUGGGGAGAGAGAGAGGAGGGGUUUAGCACUGCUGUUCUUAACGAGAGUAGAUCUCGGAUUUUUUUCUUACUUGUAUUUUUCUGUUUAUUAUGCGUUUUGGAUCACUCCCAAAACCAAGAACGAGAUACCCCAGUUACUUAUGUCAAAAAAAUGUGUUAUUGUAACCAAAUCAAUGAACAGUAGACUCCGAAUGUAGCUCGUGUAUUACCCAUGUCGCGGUGGCUUAGUUGUAAAGCACUUGGCUUCCUAGCCUUUGGUCCCGGGUUCAAAUCCUGGUAGGAUUUUUAAUUUGGGGAUCUUGAGGGUACCUUGAGUCUAAUGGGUACCUGACAUUAGUUGGGGGAAAGUAAAGGUGUUUGGCCAUCGCUCUGGCAACGUGACACCCUCGAUAACCGUGGGCCACAAAAACAGUUGGCCUUUAAAUCAUCUGCGCUAUAGACCACAAGGUCUGAAAAGGGAAUAACUUUUUUUUAUGUCCAAUGGCGCUGUCGGGACAACAGCUUUUAAGUUUCCUUUUACCCUCAGAUCUGGGGGCAGAUGAUAUAAAGACUCAAUGUGGUGAUUAAAAAUCCAGAGGCUCAAAAGCCCACUCUUUACCGGGAUUCAAACUUGAAAUCAUUGGAUACGGAAGCCUAGCGCUUUACUAAUCGGUGUAAUGUAAUGUGGAAAGACAAAGAUUCAAUACAUUAUUUUUUUUCAGGUACAUUUGCUCACGUUAAUCUAUUUGUUUAUUUUGUUAUUUAAAGAAAAAAAAUGUUUUGUCACAAAAAAAAUGUCCGGCUAAUUACAAAAAUAAUUACACAUAAGAAACCAUAAUCAUCAGUGCUUAAUCCACGAAAGUGGAGAGAGGCAGAAGACGUAUCUUUAACCACAUGUCUAGAGCCCGCAGAUUUUAAUGGCUUGACCCUUCAUUAGACUCCAGGUCCACGGUCGAUCAGUUCAGCAAAAGCUAUAGACCCCGACAGGCACAGUCUCUACACCAGACGAGCGUGCAGGAUCUAUGUCAGUUAGAGCUUAGCAUUUUCCCCAAACCUCACCAGCAGAGCUCUGCACCAGGAGAGCGUGAGAGUCUGCUAGGAAAGUUGGAGCUCCCGCAACGUUAGCCCUUUUCGGACCACCCCGAGAGCAAGGGGGGUGAACUUACUCCAGUUACCAGAGGUCACCACGAGGAAGUCGGCGGGCACCUAUCAGAGCACUGUAUAAGUCUAUCUUAAAAUGUUUAUUAGCCAAUUUGGUUCUACAUAUAGCUCUAGAACUGUGCAACGAUUUCAUAAAAUGAAUGGCCUUAGCUACUGCUUGUAUUUGACACAUACACACAACAUUUAUAAUUAAAAGAUACAACAAAAUAGUUGGCCUACUAUUAAAAGGUUCUUCUUUUUAUACUGAUUCACAUUCUGAUUCGUUUUUUGCGGCCCCUGAAAUAUGAAAAGCCGCUAUUAGUUUUAUGUUGCCUGUCUGUCUGUCCAUCCGCCCAUCUGUCCCACUCAAAUCUCACCAAAGCUUUUGAAAAAAAACAAUAUUUUUCAGAAUGUAAAAGUUUAGAUGCAACGGCUACAUUUUGUUUCCAAAUUAAUUAAGCAAGCUAUUUUUUUUGUUCAUACAAAUUCACCACUUCUAAAACAAAACACAAAUAUAAGAGAGAUUAUGUUAAAAAGAAAGAUUUU